AAAUUAGAGAUGAUUAUGAAGAGAGUCAAGACAGAUCCCACCACAGAGACUCCACCGAAGGCAGAGAGUCCAACUAAGUCUCUCAGCAGCUCAGUCAACUUAAGUCAGCUCGACUCAUCCCAGAAUUCUCCUGUAGAGCAUGAGAAGCCAGUAACCGCUGCUGAAAGUUCAGAUGAAGACAGUCAAGCUUUGGCUGUGGCUGAGGGGUCAGCUGUAGAGAUGUACGGUGCGGAUAUGACCACGUCCUUCAUGCAAGACUUGGAGACUUCAACUGCUUUGUCCACAUCAGUUACAGGUGUGCUGGGCAUCUCAUCCACCCAUAGUGAGGGUCUGGACAGCAAUGCAGAAGUGGGGCAGUUGGUUGCUGUUGCAUCAGCAACACCCUCAGCAAGGGAAGAAACAGUACACUCUCCAGAACCUGAAGCAAGGUCAAAGUUCAGGUCGCCACUUUUGCAACAGUUAGUAGAGAACAAGGGAGGCACCACACCUUCAGGAGGUCCAAAGUUUAAAUCUCCACUGCUACAGAAUCUUCUGGGUAAAACCAAAGUUGGUGCCCGGAUGGGCCUGUCAUCAAGCACUAGUGACCUCAUCAGUAAAGACUCAGCCUCUGCUGUUGAUGAAAGUGGCUCAUCAAAAGAGAGCCAUAAUCUUGGGAAAGAUGAGGAUAAAGAUGAGGACACAGCUGCUGAUGAAGCUUCGGAAGUUAGACAGGAACCAGAGUCUUUCGAACAUUUUUCAAUGACCAACGGUAUUGGAAAAGAUUCAGGUGAUGGACAUUUUUCAGCCAUCAGUUCUAAAUCAUUUGAUUCCUCACCUUCUGAAGCCACCAAGUUGCCCAUGGGGGAUUCUGCUUUGGGCUCCAGCAUCGAACCCCAUGGGGAAGGCAUGAUGUCACAGUCAAUCAUUUUCAAUGGUCAUGGGGAUCAUAAACGCCAAGGCAUGGAAGAUUCCAG